AUGCAGACUGCUUCUACAAACAUUUGUGAAAGAAUGGGUUGCUCUCAGGAGCUCAGCGAAUUCAAUCGUGGUACUGUGAUUGGUUGCCACCUGUGCAAUAAGUCCAUUUCCUUGCUACUAAAAAUUACAUGGUCAAUGGUUAGUGAUAUUAUAACAAAGUGGAAGCAACUGGGAACAACAGCAACUCAGCCAGCAAGUGGUAGGCCACGUAAAAUGACAGAGCGGGGUAGUGCAUGCUUAAGUGCACAGUGCGCAGAAGUUGCCGACUGCAGAGUCAUGUAGUUCUAGUGAAGGGAACUCUUAAGUCAUCAGCAUACUAAGACAUUUUUGGACAAUUUCA